AAAUAAUGCUCCAAAAGCAUCACCAGAAGUGAUCCAUUCGCGUCACUUUGCCGCAGCGAAAGCAAGAAGCUGAAAAGUAGCCACAAAACAACACAGACUUGGAUUAUUGUGUCACUCUUAUCAAAAUCAAGUUUUAGAAGUUACUCGACGCAAUACUUAAAAAAAUCCAACCAUGGGAUCCGCUUUCUCCAAACCACCGCCUACCGUCAAGCCUCGCAACGACGAUCGCAUCAAGGGUGCUAGAGAGCACAUUGAGCCUAUUGUGGCAGCGUUGGAGUCGCUCAACGAAAAGAUCCAAGGACAGGUCGUCCUUGCUCCCAAGUUGGGCGCCGACGAAACUUCUUCCACGGCGGACGAGAUUUAUCAUGAGCACCGCGAGCGCCCCUUUUACUUGAACGAUGCCAACUAUCCCAGUGCCAUUGUUCUUGUCAAGACUCAUGAGGAUGUCUGUGAAGCAGUCAAGUUUGUCGCGUCUCUCGAUACUGCCAAAUACAAACUCUGCAUUGCGGGUGGUUGUCACUCGGCCUACUGCAUGGUCGAUCACAGUAUCGUGGUAGACAUGAAGAAUCUGAACGAGUGUGUGGUGGAUACCGAUGCCCUCUGUAUGACGAUUGGAGGAGGUGCCAAAAUCGAGGACGCGCACGCCGCACUCAAGGGCACCGGAUAUGGAUUUGCAACUGGUACCAAUGGUGACACUGGAAUUUCGGGAUUGACCAUGGCCGGAGGCGCCGGCUACUUGGGAGGUACGGCGGGAUACGGAUGUGACACUGUGACGGCAGCGAAAGUGGUCUUGCCUUCUGGAGAAUUGGUGACUGCGACGGACGACAAUGAGCACGCCGAUUUGCUGCGAGCAUUGCGAGGCGGUGGAGGUAACUUUGGCGUGGUGGUGGAAUGGACCUUCAAAAUAUACGAUGUUUCCAAUGUGCUUGGAGGGACCGUCGUACAAAUGUGUCCGACUAUGAACUCCAUCAAGAGAGUAUUCACCCAUUAUGCAGAAUGUCUGGAGGAUAUUCCAGAUGAGUGCUACUCCAUUUGUGCCUUGCCUGCUGGAGCUCCCGUCUUUGCCAACGUCUUGACCAUGAUCGGUCCGGAUACACCCAAAGAAGUAGCCGAAGUGCCAUUCUUUCAACGAAUUUGCAAGCUGGAUGGUGCCUGGUUCAAAAUCAGCAACGAUCUGGGACGAAAGGACUACAUUGAAGAGGUCACUGUCAUGCUGGAGCCUCUCCAGAAAAGAACCUUUGGCGUGGCAUUGGGAGCCAUGGUGUACAGUUUUGACGAAGCCAUGCGCGAUGCCCUCAUCCACUUUGCUCGAGUGGAUUAUCCCAAGAAGAAUAAGCGCGGUUCUGCCAUUUUGGUCCUGGGAUUGACCGGAGAAAUGAGGCGGAACGAUGGCAGCAAAUCCUCCUUGCGCCAUCGCAAGGCUCAAGCCUGGGUGGUCGUUAAUGGAGAGUGGGACCCUUGGGCCAGUGAGGAAGACAUCCAAGCGGUCAAAGAUUGGACGAAGCGGAUCAAGGCCAAGAUUGUUGAGCUGGGAGGAGAGGAUGGACCUCACAACUUUUGUGAUACAGAUGGUCGCCGCAUCAAGUUCUUUACGGAUGAGCAACGUUCCUUCUUGGAGGGAGCCAAGAAGAAGUACGACCCUAACAAUCUGAUGACUCUCAACAAGAAUAUUAUCAGUCAUGCGGAGUAGAGGGUGACAAGGACAUGAUCAAAAAUUAUUUGGAGUAGAUGGAACAAUCACCAGCUUGGGUGGCGAGUCCAAGUAGUACCGGCAGUGUCUUUUAUGCCGAGACUGGCCAAGGGCUUGCUUGAGCAGAAGGGAAGGGCAACCUGUAAUGCAAUGUACCGCUUCGUAGAUAAUCCACCUACUCUAAACCCCGCGAUAUAAUGCACCGUACACGAUAUUUUACGAA